AUGGCUUACGCUAUUUCAAGGAAAGAUUACCUCAUUACUGUGCUACUGAUUAAGUUACUAAUGCCAUCGACGAUGGCCUUAGACCAUAAUUUGGAUUAUCAAUUCACAAAUUCUCAAGGCAAAGAUCAGUUGCUCUAUGAAUUGAACGAAAACGCUCAAAAAAGUCUUCAUGCUUUGAAUAAUUUGACGAGAACAUUUACUCAAAUAUGCAUCCAAAAACAUGGAAACUCAUAUAAAAGUAAUCGAUCAAAUAGAACAACCGCGAAAACAGUCAUAUUUGGAGUUGCUUCUAGCACAAAAGAUAUGGAUCCUCCCAAAAAUCCAUUCAAGGUACAUCAAUUUUUGAAGUUUGUGUCAAAUAUUACACAUAACGUGGCCGCAGCUAUUGCAAAUGGUGGAAUAAUUGAUCAAAUUGUACUAAACAAAGCAUUUGCUGACGGCAGUGAGAUCUCUCAUUCCUGCCAAUCAAGCCAAUUGCUAUCCGGCUUGCGAACUAACUUUGAGGAACUAUUCAAUCGUCUAGUAAAAUUUAUUCACCCUUACCGGUGCCAGAAUCAGACAAAAAUGCACAUGCUUCAUAAUCUCCAGCUUCAAAAAAAAAGCAACUGGAAUUGCUUCGUUACAUCAUCAACUGAUUCGGAAUACAAUGGGAAAUACGGUCCCUGCUACUUAGAAAUACAACUAUCUUCCAUUGUAUCGGCGCUAAAUUCCCUAUCAGAUCGAAAUCAGUCAUUUCGAUAA